AUGUUCCUCGAUGGCGCCGUUGCUCGAGAAACAUUAUCUUCCUUUCCGGAAAUAUCUUCUCUGACACCCCCAAAUCCCCAGACCGCCCUUCCUCAAAUAUCUCUUACCAUUGUAAUGCUGCUGGAAUCCAAUGUUCUUGAUGAGGAAUAUUUGGGACGCUUGUGGGCAUUAGCAGUUGAGGGAAAUGUUAUCGAAUGUUCUAUCUCCGAAUCUAGCAGAUUUGGCCUUUCCGCUGAAGUCGCUGCACUGUGCUAG